AUGGUUCGCGUUAUACUCACUAAUGAUGAUGGUCCUCCCAAUCCCAAGGAAUCGCCUUACGUGUUCUCGUUCGCCCGUGCACUAGAGAAAGAGUUAGGAUGGGAAGUCAAGGUAGUCUUGCCCGCUAGUCAGAAAUCAUGGAUCGAUGGAAUGGGUGAAUACUCCGAUAUAUCACGACCGCUGAAGGACGGUGAGGUGGCAGAAUGGAUCCUGUUGGAAGCGACGCCAGCGACAUGCGCAAAUAUCGCCUUACAUAACCUCUUCCCAGGAGAGAUAGAUCUCGUAAUAUCAGGUCCUAACUUUGGCAGAAAUUCUUCAGCCUGCUUUAUGUUGUCGUCGGGUACUAUCGGCGCUACUCUCUCCGCAUCGCUCUCCCACGUCCGAUCUAUCGCACUCUCCUACGCAACGUUCCAUCAUCCCACACCGCUAAGUUUCACCCCACCGGCCAAUAGCCUAUCAUGUCGCAUCAUCAAGUCCCUGUACUCCAACUGGGGUACGGAUGAAAGCGGCCUCCGGCAGGGCGAAGUGGAUCUAUACAGCAUCAAUGUACCUAUGAUUGAAACACUGCUGGCGGAAGGUAGCAUUGAAGCUCUUUGGACGACAGCUUGGCGCAAUGGUUAUGGACGACUGUUCAAACCCAGCCAGAAGCCAACAACACUGAAAGCCGCUGGACCUGACGCACCUUCCUCAUCCGAAAGCUCCUCUCGCUCAAUAACGCCAGCCAACCAACCCUCGCACUCCUUGCCUAAAUUCGAGACGGACGCGGAGACGGCAGCGCACCCGCUGACAUUCCACUUUGCCCCCGACAUGGAGCCGCUCGUGAGACCUGAUGUCGCGACUUUACCAGAGGGCACGGAUACCUGGGCGUUACACCGUGGAUUCGCAAGCGUAACACCUCUCAGGGCCGCAUUUGCAGAACCGGGUGCAGAGGGGUUAUGUCUGGCUGGCGAAGUAGAGGGCCGGCCUGGUGCGAAAGUGCGUAUACGUGCUUCCAAGCAAGAAGAAUUUCGAGUGCCCUGGUCUAAAUGUCGGCGCACACAGCGAACAUUCCGGCUGGACCUCGCCUUUCUGCCUUUGGGAGUGACGUCCUCCACGCUGGCUAUUCUCCCCUUCAUCAAAAAGCGUAUCCCCUCUACUCCUCUCUCAGGGGAAAACAUGUCCACGCCCUUGUCCACGAGUCAUGCCAGAGUCGCCGCCGCCGCUGCUCCGCUCCUCCCACUGGGACGAUGGGAGAGCACCCCCUCCCAAGGGGUGUUCGCAUCCUGGCCCGCGUCCUCUGUAACGAUCCAUUUCAAAAGCAGCUACCUAGCGCUCGAAGCCGGCCCAGAGACCGCAAGAAAAGGACGACCGUGGGGUUCUGAGCCGAUGAUAGCGUGGUGUAUCACCAGCCCUGGCGAGGCAGAGAAGCCAGAGAACAUGAAGACUUUGAGGAACGUCAAGCCUGGAGAGGUGAUUCCGCUGUUUGAGGGCGAAUCGGGCGUGGAAAGAGUGUGCAGAUUGUAUAUCACAGACUGGGGCUCGGUCAUCGAGGUUGCUGCAUUCCUCUGCGACUCUGUCGACUCCCUGCUUCCUAUACCGAAAGGGACCGAGCCCACUACCCGUCUACUCGUGAUCGGCGACUCCAUCUCUUGCGCAUACAGCAUGGGUCCCGACGCUGGCCUACCCGUCCCUCCCCAUGGGGCAUGGGACGGGUACUCGCUCAUCCUCGAGCGGCUGCUUAGAGCAGAGGGGAAACACGUGGGCGUGGAGACAAUUGCAUACCCGGGAGUGACCCUGGUAGACACGUACAUGGCUGGGUGGCAGCAGGACGGGAUGGUGACCAAGUUCUGGCAGGAAUCAUGGAACCCAAGCGCGAACCCGCUCUACCGUCCCCCAACAGUGAUCAUCAUCGCUCUCGGGGCGAACGACGAUGGGAGAGACGUGCCCAUCUUCCAUUUCGCGUUGAACAUGAGCGAGUUUAUCAAGAAGCUCGUCUCUACAUUCUCGGCAAGCUUAACGGACGUCGUCAUCCUCGGACCGUUCUACGGCGUCAGAAGAAGCGGGGGAUCCCGUUUCGGCCCAGCCAUGGACGCUCUAGUCAAAGAACUCCGAGCUGAAUGGGAAAACGAAGAAGACAAGCCCAAGGUGCAUCAUGUUCCCACCACAGACUGGCUCACACCGGACGUAGUCCCGGAUGGGAUACAUCCUGAUGUGGAAGGGAACCGGAUCCUGGGAGAGAAGCUUAAGGUUGUCGAGGCUGCGGGGUGGGAGGAAGGCACACGAUGGUGA